AGGACGGUAACUGAGUUUAGUUAGUUGAGUGGGUUUGCCUCAUUUCAGUUCAGUUUUGUCUCAGUGCAAAGAAAGUAGUGGUGCUUUCAGUGAGUUCGAGGCAAUGGGAAAGCGCGAGAAUCGUCUGAGCACGGCGGAUGUCUGCGCAGACUGCAACACUCCCGGACCUAAUUGGGCGUCUCUCAACCGCGGCGUGCUAGUAUGCGACGACUGUGCAAGCUUCCAUGCCAAGCUAGGCAGGCACAUCUCCCACCUGCGCUCCCUGCGCCAUGGCUACUGGCCAGAGACCCUGAUGGAGAUGGUGAGGUCACUGGUCAACACAGGUGCCAACUCCAUCUGGGAGCACUCGCUGAGGAAAAGUCGCUUCACAAGUCCCAAGAAGCCAGGCUCAAAAGACUCACAUGCAAUGAAGGAGAACUUCAUACACGCUAAGUAUCGUCAUCUGCAGUUUGUGGCACGUCAGCCGGCCAAGGAAGAUGACAACGCUCUGAUCGAGGACUUCAGUCGCCAACUGCAUGCUAGUGUUCGGCACAACAACUUGACGACAUGCCUGCGAUUGCUGUCACUCGGCGCUCAGGUUAACUUCUUCAGUCCGGAAAGAGGCAACAUGGCAAUACACGUGGCAGCGUCGGCCGGACAAUUGCUCCAGUGUGAGUUGCUUGCAGUGCAUGGAGCAGACACGUGUGCGCUGGAUUGCCGUGGUCACACGCCAGUCGAGUGUGCCAGGAUUGCCGGAUACCACGAACUGGCGGAACGGCUCAUUGAGUUGCAGUACGAAGUCACCGAUCGUCUCUCGGCGUUUGUGUGCGGAGAGCGACCAGUACACAUAUUUGGUGAACACCACAUGUUGCCAGAUUUACCUGCAGAGUUGGACUCCAUAAACCGAGACAUCGAAGGAGUAAAGCGUCUAAGACAGCUGUGUAACAGUCGCUUUGAGGAGCUGGCCGCCGACUUGUACGACGAGGUGGAAAGACGGGAAAACGAAGACGUGUGGAACACUUUGCAGAUAGACACUCCAGUUCAGUACCUGCCCAAGAACAGCGUGCUCGUACCCGUCAGAAAUCAGGGUCGUUCUAAGCUCUCCCGUCUCACUCACAAAGACCUGUGCAUGCUCAUCGUGGACCUGCUGAAGGAUGCUAAGCGCCGCCAGCAGGAGAGCUUGGAGCGACGACAGCAGCAGCAGACGUCGGACAGUGCAGAGAAAGGUGAUCAGUCGGGUACGCUGGUACCGGUCGACGGCUUCGAGGUGGUGGAGAAGUCGGAGAGCUUUGCUCGCCUUGGCAUCGAGUCCGUUCCCACGGCGACCAACGGGAGAAUCCCGCACGCCACGCUCAUCCCUCCGCCGGCGGGCGACCGACCUCCGCUGGCUACGUUCCAUCACAUACCCGGGUCUUUGGUCCCGGGUGGCCCUCGUCCGCUGGGUGCUCGCGCCAUGAAGUUGGACAUUCCACACAGACCGCCACCUGUCGACCAUGACUAUGACGAGGUGUCGAAGAAUGGCGAUAUUCACGAUGGCCUCUCUAAGAAGUCCUCCAGUCGCCUGCACACUCCAAGCAAGCAUGCCCCGCGCACCAAUGGUGAUGCGCAGCAUCCCGAUCAUCUCAUGCUGUCGCCGCUUAGAGGAACGGAUCUUGGUCUUCUUUCUCCCAUGUCAGAUGUUAGUGCUUAUAGUGGAUCAGAGCUGACGUUGACUUCGUCGACGUCCACACUCAACUCGCCAACAAAGUCACCCGAAGGUCUGCUGGGAGAGAAUCGUAUUCUGCAACACCACUUGGUUGUGGCAAAGAAUCAGAUAUCUCAGCUGCUAAUGGACAACCAGCGAAUGGCAUGGGAUGUCCACGCAUUCAGGAUGAUGGUUGAUCGGCUAGUGGCUGAGAACGGACAGCUGCGGCAGAUGAACUCUCUGAGCAGAGCGUCCACACCACAGCAACCCAGCGCCAGCCCAUCACAGAACACCACACCAAGACAGAACCGAAUGCCGGAAUCUCCAGCAGCAUCAGCCACUGGUUUGGCAUCUGGAUCGCCGACGCCGCCACCACUCCCGGUGAAAGUACGCCGCCUGCUUCAGCCCAACACACAGCAGCGCAUGAUGCAGCAACAGCAGCAGCAGCAACAGCAGGUUAUCAGCAGCUUGCACAAAUCCGCCGCCGCCCCACCACCACCGCCACCUCCUGCACAGGCGGCGGGCGGCCAGCUGACGAAGGCAUCCACCGCCAGUGUUGUGUACACAGGCAUCGUGCCGCACGCGCAAGCCUCGCCGGCCAACAUCACCCUGCUGCAGCAGCAGAAGCAGGCCACGGACUUCAAGCAACUCCAGCAGCAGCAACAGCAGCAGCAACAACAGCAGCAACAGCAGCAGCAACAGCUGCAACAUCACUCGCCGCCCGGCCAUCAGAUGAUUCCGGGCAGAGUGCCGCUACCACCGCUGCGCACACACCCGGCUAUACCCGACCCUACCGCGAACGGCAGUACCACCGGCGCGGGUCACCCGCGUCUUACACGCAAUGCCGGCGCCCCCAACAAGAUAAGCAGCGAUGCGCUCGCCCAGUCCUCUAACCCAGGCACCGCGAUGAGCUUCAACGCCGCACAGCAGCAGGCUGCAGCCACAACCGCCGCCGCCGCCACUCGCGGCUUUCAAACGUUCCCGAAACGCAAGGACUCCUCCAACUCACCGCCAGCUGCUCGUCGUGGCAACAACACCAUGGCAACCAAUCUGUCGCUGUACGACACGUCCGAGGCGGGGAACAGCACAGCCACCUUGAAAUCGUUUCCGUCGCCGUCCGUCAAUCCCCUUGUUUCGUCGCUGCUGAAGACGACGGACAAGUCGCCCAAGCUGCGCAUCCAGGUGCACGUUGCCGCUGGCAACGGCGGUGAGGAUCGUCACGGUGACACGAGCGCCGCGUCGGGCACGUCUCUCGGUGGUGAGACGGGUGCCUCCACAGCGCACGCGGUGGCUGGAGCGUCGGCGGGUACUCGCAGCGGCAUGGAGCUUAAGAUCGGCAGGGUGGUGGUGCUGGAGACGUCCGUGUCCGCCAACAACACGCCGACGAUCGCGUCUGCUGCCGGCCAGAACCAGAGUCUGGGUGCGCUGUCCCUGCCGCUGACACGACACUCGCUGGACGGUGGUAGCUGUGUGUCCGAGUCGUCACCGAUGACUCCCGGUGGUGGUGAGGACGUGUUUUCGGACUCGGCGGCGACUCCCACUGCCAAUGCCGGCAGCACCUUCACCGUCGCAAGUGCGUUGUCCUUAUCCCAGUCGUCUGUCAACCGACCGCUUGUUCCACCCCUGCUACCACCCAAAAAGAAGCACAGCGUAGCCACUGCAUCGCGUAACGCGUCGCAAGAGGACGACCUUAUGAUGCGAGGCCGUUCUGCCAGCGCAUCUCAUUUGCAGCACAACAAUGGUGUUCAACACAACACACCGGUAGUCGGCAUGCUCGCUAUGCAGCAGCUGCAGCUGAACCGCUCCGUCGACGUCCUGUCGCCGUGCCCGGAGCGCGCCAGCUGCGUCAGCGAGACCGUUCCCAUGGCGAUUCCGUCGUCGGAUAAGACGGUUUCCAUGGCAGCAGCGUCGCCGCUCGGCACCUCGGCCUCGCCGUACCCGCGUCACCAGUCGCAGAGCGAGCCCGAUCUUCUCAACGCGUCAGAGAGCGAGGAAGACGAGCAGUAUCGCGCUCGCCGGGCGGCCGCUCCCAAACUGAUCUUCUCCACGACGAAAGCGGGGGCACCGCCACCAAAUAGCAGCGGCGGCGGUGGUGCAGUCGUCUCGUCGGCGUCGAGUCCCUCGCUGCUGGAUGCUGUGGAUGCGGCGUCGUUGCCGCGGAGAGCGUCGCCGACAACGCCGUACGAGAACGGUGCACGUGUGCAGCCGAGACACGGACGGCCGGGCCCAAGUGCCCUCAGUAAGCAGCAGCCGUCGCCGUCAGCCGGCAAGGAGAAAUCCGGUGGCUGGGACGUGACAAUCACAUCUAACAGCAGCAGCACUAACAACGGCACCAGCAGCAGCACCAGCAGCGUCAACAGCGGCGGUAGCGGCGCCACAACGGUGCCCGGCAGCCAGCAUCACCAUGGCAACAGCGCCGGUGCCUCGUUACCGGACGAUACGGCGGUAGCUCAGUGCGCGUCCAACAUUGCCCGCGGAAUCCAGAGCCUCCUCACGUGCGCACAGAAGCAGGAAUUUGAGAAAUUCGUGCCCUGUGCUCUGUUCAUUGGCAACGCUGUGUCCGAAAUGACGCUCAUCUUUCCUAGGAAUGAAACAUCCAGUUCCCUGCACACAUCCCUGUCCAAGCUGGUGACCAGCUGUGGCAAGCUGAAGGACGACUGCACGUCCCUGCGUACCACCAUCAAGACGGCCAAGCAGCUCGUGAGCGACCAGUUCCUGGCCGACCGCACGCAGCGGAUCAUACAGCACGGCUUUGACGUAGCGCAGGCCUCAAAGCAGCUCGUUGAGCGUGCCAGCAAGGUCCGCCAGAUCAGCGGCACUGGCUCAAGCUGAGCCCGUUGCAGCGCAGUCGGAUAGCCUAAAGCCUGCGCGUAACGGGAUUCUGCAGAGAAAUUGUCAACGUGCAAUGCUGGGACUGUACCGACAACGCUGGUCUUGUGAUUAGUGUGCCGUGGGUGUGGCACAGGCGAUGGUGGCUGUUCCGCUUGAAGACCUGGAUAGCAGAAACUAACCAGCUAAUAAGGUUGCUCGUGCAGAACAAGCUUGGCCAGCACGCGUGUGUUUUUUUGUGAUUAUGCCAUAAUUUCGUCACUUAUGACAGGGACGUCGCACACGGUACAGUCACUACGGUAUUGACCGUACCACUUUUUGCCCCAGGUACCCCGUGAAUCAAUGAAAUUAUAUUUCCAAGAUUUUGGCUCAGCAACCCCUCCCCCCCCCCCCCCCUCGAGUAAAUUGUACUUCAGAUGGCCGACCGUACGCCGUCAUGGCACUGAAAUACCUUCCGACGCCCCUGUAGGAUGUGUAACACAUCGCCUGGGCUCUCUCCCCACCACAUAACUACUAACUUCAAGCAUGUUUUUCGGUGAGACCGUCUUGAUAUUAUAACGUUUUAGGUCGUGCAUUUGUGAGGCGAAAGAGCCAGCGAGCCACCCACGUCUGCACACCGCAACACACCUCGCCUGUUUCCUGUCACCGGUGGUGAUGUGAUUUGCUCAUCCAACUAUCCUAUACAAUCAUGCUGGCUGUUGAAUCGCAUCUUCUCGUUUUCUUUUUUCCUUUUUUUGCCAGAUAUAUAUUAUUGAAGAUCCUUUUUUUUCUAUUAAUUUUGUACUUUCACAGUUUUAGGUUCCCUCUCACAUCAUUCGGUUUUCAAUCAUUGUUCUCGCCACCCGUGUUUCGGUGGUGUUUCUAUUCGCAUCAUUAUACAUGUAACUGGAGAGCUCACCUUACCUGGAGAGCACGAUGUUAUCAUACCGGGAGAACAUGAUGUUAUCAUACCUGGAGAGCAUGAUGUCAUCAUACCUGGAGAGCAUGAUGUCAUCAUACCUGGAGAGCAUGAUGUCAUCAUACCUGGAGAGCAUGAUGUCAUCAUACCUGGAGAGCAUGAUGUCAUCAUACCUGGAGAGCAUGAUGUCAUCAUACCUGAAAAGCACAAUGUCAUCAUCGGCAAGCGUUUCGACCUUAUGCACGUUGUACAGAUGUACUUCAAGUGAGAAGUUCUGUACUAGGACCGUAGGUGUGUACAUACCCGGUUGGGUGUUCAUUGUGUGCUAUGCAUGCGCAUUUGACCAAUUUAGCCUCAUCAUUUAAAAUGGCAAACAAUCGCUUUUUUUUUAGAACUAAUGACUAACGAGA